ACUAAUGUCUUUGGUAAUAUAACCCAUCACCAAGACAAAUCAAAGGGGAAACCAAUCUUUUCUCUUCUUUCUUAAUUUCAAUGGCAGAUAAACUUAAGUCCUUGCAUGGGCAACUACGCACUCAUUUUUCUACUGCUCAUGGAGUUGUCAAGAGAUGGGCUUCAGCCACCAUCUUCCUUUUCUUCAUCGUCCUCCUUGUUGUUGCCUUCAUUUUCAGGAUUAAUGACUACCUUUUUGUUAACUUUUUAGCCACCAAACAUCCCAAAAUGUUGACUGGGUUUCCUUUGAUUUGCUCCGAUGAAAGCUUAGCGAAAACAUGUAAGGCCAAUUAUUAUCCACUGUCAUUCGAAGCUCGCGAAUCUUCAGACUUUGCAUGUCCCGAUUACUUUCGAUGGAUCCACGAAGAUCUCCGGCCAUGGAAGAGUGCAGGAAUCUCGAAGGACAUGGUGGAAAGAGCUAAAGAUAUUGCAGAUUUUAGAUUAGUUAUUAUUGAGGGCAAAGUAUAUGUGGAGAUAUAUCAUAAAUCGUAUCAAACAAGAGAUUUUUUCACCAUAUGGGGUAUUUUGCAGCUUCUGAGGUUGUACCCUGGCAGGGUACCUGACCUAGAACUUGUGUUUUCGUGUGGUGACAGACCGCGGAUUUUAAAGCAGGACUAUCAAGGACCGAAUGCUACGUUGCCUCUUGCAAUGUUUCAAUAUUCUGGACAUGAAGACGCACUUGGCAUCACGUUCCCUGAUUGGUCCUUUUGGGGUUGGCCUGAGGUCAAUAUAAGACCAUGGGAAAGUAUGUUAGCGAGAUUAAUUGAAGGCAGCAAGAAAAGAAAGUGGAAGGGUAGGGUGCCCUAUGCCUAUUGGAAAGGGAACCCAGCUGUAUCACGAAACAGGGUAGACCUUAUGAAGUGCAAUCUCUCAGACAAGCAUGAAUGGAAUGCUCGCCUCUAUGCACAGAACUGGCUUAAGGAAACCGAGCAAGGAUUUAAGCAUUCAAAUUUAGAAGACCAAUGCACCCACAGAUACAAAAUUCUUAUAGAAGGUUUCGCAUGGUCAGUGAGUGACAAGUACAUACUAUCAUGCGAUUCCAUGACUCUGCUCAUAAAACCUGAUUACUACGAUUUCUUCUUGAGAAGCCUGGUACCUAUGCAGCACUAUUGGCCUAUUAAUAGCAGAAACAAGUGCAGAGAUAUCAAGUUUGCCGUGGAAUGGGGCAAUAGCCACCCACAUAAGGCACAGACCAUUGGAAAGGCAGGAAGCAGAUUUAUUCAGGAAAAUCUGAAAAUGGAAUACGUUUAUGCAUACAUGUUUCAUUUGUUCAGAGAGUACGCAAAACUCUUGAAAUUCAAACCUGAAAUACCUGCAGGAGGGGUUGAAAUUUGCUCAGAAUCAAUGGCAUGCCCGGAGGAUGGUGAACGGAGAAAGUUCAUGUUGGAGUCAAUGGUAAAGUCUCCCAGCGAUACACUUCCAUGCACCAUGCCUUCUCCUUUCGAUCCCUCAGCCCUUAACGCCCUUUUUGAGAAGAGUGAAAAUAUUAAAAGACAAGUAAUGAUGUGGGAGAAAGAACAUUGGGAAAAUCUGAGAAAGACGCAAUCGAGACCUCGCCAUCAUUAAUCUUGUAAAAACAAAAGGAGGUGGUUUUUCAUCGUGUCUUUAUUGAGCGCGGGAAUCUCCAGGGACAUGGUGGAAAGAGCUAAAGAAUUUGCAGAUUUUAGAUCGGUGAUUGUAAUGGGCGCGAGGCCAGGGCCUAUGCGUAGGAUGUUAGGGGUAUGCACUUUGGACCAUUGUGGGCUUUUCAUGUUGGGGCAGCUUCUACUAAAUUUGUAUUCAUUU